GUUAGUUCAUCGUUCGAGGUAACCAGGUAGAAGAUGAAUUUAGAGCCGAUCCCGGAAGGAGAUGAGGACGAGGAGAUGUGGGAAUUCUUCAUGGGUUUGCCAAUUCCAAGAGCUUAUGGCAGCACUUACUUGACACUUAUUCCAAAAUCAGAUAAUCCAAGAACUUUUGAUGAUUAUAGACCUAUAUCCCUCUCCACUUUCAUGAGCAAAAUCAAUACCAAAAUCCUAGCAGGCAGGCUCAAUUCCAUCCUUCCUAAGCUUAUCUCUAAGGAACAAGCAGCCUUCCAGAAAGGUAAGUCCAUUGAUGACCAUAUCCUCAUGGCACAGGAAGCAGUCCAUCUCAUUGACAAAAAGACUUUUGGGGGUAAUCUAAUUCUCAAGAUGGAUAUGGCAAAAGCGUUUGACAAACUGGACUGGGAGUAUCUCGAAGCCUUACUACAGUCUUUUGGCUUCAAUCAACUUUCCACUUCUCUGCUUAUGGCUAAUCUUAAAGGAAGUUUUUUCAGCAUUCUUCUCAAUGGAGAGCCAGCAGGAUAUUUCAAAAUGGAGAGGGGUGUAAAACAGGGAGACCCAUUCUCACCCCUCUUAUUCAUACUUGCAGCAGAUGGUUUCAGCAGACUCAUCAACCACCAGAUGAACACACAACACCUCCUCAGAUUCAAUUCUGGUCAGGUCCCUUUCCCCUCCCACCUUAUUUAUGCUGAUGACAUUAUGAUCUUUUCCAGGGGUGAAACUAGAAACCUGCUCAAGCUCAAGGUCACUCUAGAAACUUAUCUUAAAGCAUCAGGCCAAGAGAUCAAUCUUAAUAAGAGUAAAUUCUACACAUCAAAGAACACAACCACCUCCCAAACUCAGAACAUGGAGAAAGCUUUAGGAAUCAAAAGAGGAAAGCUGCCUUUUACCUACCUAGGAGCACCUAUUUGUCGUGGGAUUCUGAGGAAAGAACACUGCAAGGAAGUCCUAGGACACUUUGAAAAACGUAUCCAAUCCUGGAUCUUCUUGUGGAAACUCCUCAACGGGGCACUACCUUUUCCUCAAAAUCUUGGCAGAUUUGCCUCCUCCCUACCAAGCAUGUGCCCUCUCUGCAAAAACAACAAUGAUGACACAGACCACUGCCUACUCCACUGUCCAACAGCAACCACGGUGUGGAACAAGCUGGCCGCCCUCUCCAAUGGCCCAAGCGUUAAAGAGAACACUACUCUACGUCAACACCUCCUUGCAUGGUGGUUUGGAAGCAGCACUAAAAACUUCAAGGGAACCCUUCGUAUCAUUUUCCCAGGCCUUUGCACAUGGUCCCUAUGGAAGGCACGUAACUCUAGUCUUCACAACGCAACCAUUCCAACAGCAGAGGGAAUAUUUCAAUCCUGCCUCAAGACACUUCAAUCAUUGGGCAUACCUCAAUAGGAGCAAAAAAUGGAUGGUGCAUGAUGCAGACUUCAUAGGUUUGGGGAUUGAUUCCUUCUGGCGCAAUGGUCGAAGAUUAUUAGCUAGAACUUUCGAAUAAGUUUGCUUUGUAUCACCUACCUGACCUUCUUGUAUCUUUGUCUCUUGUUUUUUUCUAAUAAAUGCAUUUACCUUUU